AUGUCCUGCUUCAAGCCGUGCCUGCCAUGCCAGAACUGUACCCCAACCCCACUGGCCAACAGCUGCAAUGAGCCCUGUGUCAGGCAGUGCCAGGACUCCCAUGCCUUCAUCCAGCCCUCCCCUGUGGUGGUGACCCUGCCUGGACCCAUCCUCAGCUCCUUCCCACAGAACACUGCCGUGGGAUCCUCCACCUCCGCUGCCGUUGGCAGCAUCCUCAGCUCUCAGGGAGUGCCCAUCUCCUCCGGGGGCUUUGGCCUCUCUGGCCUUGACUUCUCUGGCAUAGGCAGCAGCUACUGUGCCAGGAGGUCCUUCCCCUGCUAA